AGCUGUCAGAUGAAUGCACAAGAGAUGUUAGAUUUUUUGAAACUAAAAGUAGAAGAAGGAGAAAUUGAGAUCUCAGAUUUACCAAAACUAUCAACUAUACAAGGAUGGAUAACCCAAUAUACAGCACAGUUACAUGAAAGAAGUGCCCAGAUAAAACUUGGAGUUGAAAUUUAA